GGUAACAGCAGCAGAACCGCAGCCGAACCUGCGGACCUGAGUGAGGACAGGCGCAGGACACGAACAUGGCCCACGUAGGCAACGGAGAGACCGGAGAGGAGGAGGACUGCUUUGAAGACGCUUACGACCGCAUACCAGCGGCCUGUCACAUGGACCUGCACACGGCCAUCCAGGAAACUCAGUGUGCUCUCAACCUCGUCCUCAACAACAAGUUCUCUGAAGCCCUGGACCUCCUCAAACCAUGGUGCAAGGACAGCAUGUACCACGCCCUGGGUUACAGCAGCAUCCUGGUGAUGCAAGCGGCCAUGACGUUCGAGCCCAGAGACAUCCAGACCGCCAUGGCGACCAUCAAGGAGGCGCUGCAGACCUGUCAGAGGUUCAGGAAGAAGAACUCGGUGGUGGGAUCUCUGUCCAGUCUGAUCAACAAACAGUCUAACCUGCAGGAAGAGGAGAUGCACGCAGAGAUCUGCUACGCCGAGUGUCUCCUGCAGAAAGCCACGCUCACCUUCGUCCAGGAUGAAAACAUGAUCAGUUUCAUCAAAGGAGGCAUCAAGAUCCGAACCAGCUACCAGAUCUACAAAGAUUGUCAGAAUGUGCUGAAUGUCACUCAGGACCUGGCGGGCCAGUCUGAUUCGUUCAGACAGUACGAAGGCGGAGUCAAACUUGGCAUCGGCUCCUUCAACUUGAUGUUGUCUCUGCUGCCUCAGAGGAUUUUGAGGCUACUUGAAUUCAUCGGAUUCUCCGGAAACCGGGACUUUGGUCUGUCUCAGUUGAGAGAAGGCUCCUCCAGUCACAGUUUGAGAUCCAUCCUCUCCGCGCUGACUCUGCUUUUCUACCACACUUAUGUUUCACUGAUUCUCGGAACUGGCGAGGGAAACCUGGUGGAAGCUGAAGCUCUGCUGGAGCCGUAUCAACACAAAUACCCCAAAGGCUCCAUUAUCCUCUUUUACUCUGCGCGCAUCGCCACACUGCGAGGAAACUUCGAGAAGGCUCGGUCCAGGUACGAGGAGUGCAUCAGCAGCCAGCAGGAGUGGAAGCAGAUCCACCAUCUGUGUUACUGGGAGCUGAUGUGGGCUCAUACGUACCAGCAGGAGUGGCAGCAGGCGUAUCGCUACGCCGACCUGCUGUGCAAGGAGAGCCGCUGGUCCAAGGCCAUAUAUGUUUUCCAGAAGGCCGCCAUCCUCAGUAUGAUGUCAGAGGACGAAGUCAGGAGGACGGGGGAGGACAUCGUCGAGCUCUUCAGACAGGUGGAAGGUCUGAAACAGCGUUUGGCGGGAAAGUCGAUCCCGACUGAGAAAUUUGCCGUGAGGAAGUCACGACGCUACAAAGCUGCUAACCUCGUGCCCCUGGUCAUCCCUGCACUGGAAAUGAUGUAUGUGUGGAACGGUUUCACCAUCGUGGGGAAGAGAGCGGAUUGUACCGAGGCUCUGCUGGUCACCAUCGAGGCGGCCGAGGAGCAGCUACGCAACAACGCCAACCCGUCCGAGUUUCAUCCAGACGACAGUUGUCUGGUCCAGAUGUUGAAGGGUCUGUGUCUGAAACACUUGGGCAGGUUACUGCAGGCUGAGCUGUGCUUCACACAGGUGCUGUCCAGUGAGAGUCGGAUCAGAUACGAUCACUACUUGAUUCCCUUCACUUUCUAUGAGUUGGGUUUGUUGUACAAACAACAGGGAGACUUCGCGAAGGCUGCCGUCUUCAUCGAGAACGCCAAGACGAACUACAAAGAUUACUCCAUGGAGUCCAGACUGCACUUUAGGAUCCACGCGGCUCUCAACAGCCUCAAAGGGUCACCUGUCGGCACGCCGUGAUCCUCCGCCGGAAACACCCACGCAGGGAUUCACGCCACCUCGUAAACAAAGACACCAAAGGUGUGUCGGGAUUUUUCUGUUCACUCUGUUUUUCCUUCACAAGCUUUAUCUUAUUUAAUCUUAUUGUCUGUGUAUUUAUUUUGUGAGUCGCUUAUACGUGUGUGUGUGUGUGUGUGUUUUUGUUUGAACACACACACGAUAUGAACUCUUUUCUUUACUUUGCCUUUUUUUCAUUUUUCUUGAUGAUAUCAUCAUCACGCCACGCAAAACACAGCCUUCUCACCAACUGUGGCUUAUACAGACACACACACACUCACUCACUCACACACACACACACACACACCAAUGGCUGUAAAUGCACACAUUUAUCAGCAAUAUAAAAGAAGAAGUUCUGUAAAUGACUAACACUCUGUUCCCGUGUCGGGGAAAACGAAGCCGUACUUCCUUAUUUCUCGCAGGCAGAGUUGUUAAAUGAAAACGCUCGCGCUCAUCGCGACAAAUGUCACUUGGCUUGUGAACAACCACAGGAUUUUUGAAGAAAAAAAAAACAAAAUACUGUCAAAUACUGUAAAUUUGGUCUGAAAACAAGUUUGAUCUGUGUCGCUGCUAGCAUGACUACACUUUUUGCUGUAGCCUAUUUUAUUAGCACUUACUAGCACAUCACUACGACAAUAAAUGCUACUAACACAAUUAACUUAAACUAAACUUCACUGACUGCUACCAUCAUAGCUAUGUCGUAAGAUAACUACAUUUCAGAUCCUAGCAUAAAUAUAUUAGCUCUUCAUUGUUUACAUUAACUAUUCAAGCAAAACCACCACAAACAUUGCUACUAACGUGUUAAAAUCUACUAGCAUAACUUCACCAUUAGCUAUUAGCUCUUAUAACUGCUACCAUGAUAGGAACAUAACUGCAGUUAAAGCUACGAGCAUAAAUAUAAUAGCUCUUAGUAUAUUAGCUCUUACUAGCAUAACGACAGUAACUAUUACCGACAUAACCACCACAAGCAUUGCUACCAACAUGUGUUGAUCCUCCUAGCUUAACUUCACCAACUGCUGUCAUGAUAACUACAACCUCUGGUAGGAACAUAACUGCAAUUUUAGCUACUAGCGUAAAUAUAUUAGCUCUUAAUAGCGUACAUUAACUGCUUGUGUAACUACAGCAACUAUUACUGACAUAACCACCCUAACUACGACAAGCGUUACCAUAAAAUCUGCUACUAACAUACUGUACGUUAGAACCAACUAACGUAAUGUCACUAACUGCACCAGCAUAAACACAUUAGUUGCUCCUAGCAUAGCUGUUAGUGCUUACUGGCACAUCCACUCUGAGGCUAACGUCAUUAUUUUUAAAUACUACUAGCACAACUUUACCAAUUGCUGACAACACAAAAAUCACCACCACUAGCCAGAGAAGAUGAACUGCUAGCAUAACCACAACAACUAACUUCAGUUAUCAUAAACUACGAAAUUGCUACUAAUCUGUAAGCACCUACUAGCAUUAAUUCACUACCUGCUGCAUGAACUCCUCAUGAAUUUCCUGCUACAAAGGAACGUGGUUGUUGAUAAAGUUGAAGCAGCUCCGCCUCUGAGAAAUAGUCGCAUGCUUGAAACGUACACUCGGCCCACGUUCACUCAAACAUCGGAAAGCGACUGAAACGUCGCGCCUCAAGCGUCUUUGCUAACGUUGUCACUGUUUGUAAGCAGGCGAGCCAAGGAAGACAACGACUAUGUCUAAUAAAUAUUAUACGCAGCAGAAUACUGAUGAAGAGUGUCUAUUUAUGUUGUGACUAUUUAAAAAAACGAGCACAAUCUAUGAUCCACUCCCCGCUAAUUCUGCGUUCCAUUUACGUCGGAAGUCGGAGCUGGGAGUGAAUUUCCACAGAGAAGUCUACAUGCGGCAACGUGUCUACGAAUAAAAACUAAACAGUACUGUGGGGUUGAGUUCCUUCCUGACCUCGGAAAUUCCGAGUUCUGACUACAAAUGGAACGCACCAUUAAUCCGGCAUGUUUUUGUAGUUUGAUAUUAUUUAUUGCAAUCAAGUUGUUUUUUUUGAUGAGAUAUUUAUAGAGAUUUUUAUGAGUGCCGUAAAUGUAUAAUAAUCGUACAACUUACAGUUAAUUAAAGAGUUAUAAAAUGAUCGAACAACAGAAAACAACGCGUAAACGUCGCCUUUUCUUCCAUGUUUGAGUUUGAAUAAAACAGCCUUAUGAUUCCUGUGAUGAAUGUAUCAACUGAAAGACCAAAUUAUACGUGUCGAGGUUUUUUUUUGGUUUGUUUUAGUUUGUAUUUCAUACCUUUGAGUGUAACCUCCUUUUUUUCUACGUCUUUACUUUUUAAUCGGACACUUCCAAACGGUUUGAUUCGCCAAAUGUGAUGAAUUAAAAUUCAGGAGUUGUUGUUUUGUUUUGUUUUUUGUUCUAAAGGAUUUGUCGCAAUAAGCACUACGAUGCUAAAUCAACUGUUAAUGCUCAGUGAGACUUUAGCAAAGGAAAUAAAGAACAAGAGAACAAAAAAAGAUUGAAUAUUUUUGAUUGGUAGCUAAUUAGGAAAUAAUAUCCUUGUGUCUCCAUUAGGGGGCGUCACGAUCUCGACCUUUGAAAGCAUAAGUGGAAUCAAAGAUUUAACCCUGUCGGUGAUACGCUCGGUGUUAAAGGGUUAUUAACCACGCCCCCUGGGCUAAAAGAGAUUGAGUAUUGAAUUAUGACGAAAAUCAAAUCAAGGAUCUGGAGAACAGUGACACCUCUGGUCUCCAUGUGCAAUAACGCUUUAACUAAAGGGUAAUGAGUUGUGCCUCAUAUUUUUACAACUAAAAAUACAAAUUAUAAACUUACUAUUCAGCUAAAUGAAAAAAGUUUUGACUUAACUUUACUUGCAGUGUCCUCAAUGCAACUUUAGGGAGCAGUCCUAAUGAUCUCAUCUCGUAAAACAUCGCAAACAUGACGUGACCCUGUCUGAAGACUAAGCCGUCUCAACCAAUCAGAUAAUAUUAAUAACUUAUGAAGCGUACAAAUGGCCAAGAUGGACCCCCGUCUUCCUGUUGAGUCGAGGCUGUCCCGAUUGAGGUUUUGUGAAACUUAAUUUUUUCGCUUGCUCCAUUUACGUUUCACCUUAGGGGGGCGCUGGUGCAACGCACAGGUCCGAGUGUUAUGACAAUACCGCAUUUUCUCCACACCUGACAUCCAUGCAAAGUUGUUAUGCGCGUUAAGCCGCUCAAAAAUGAAUGUUUAUAAUAAUAAUAGGAACGUGUCAGUAAUGCGAUGUUUUUGUUAUAUAUUUGUUAUAUAAAUAAUUCCAAAUAGAUUUUUGUGCUUAUAUUUUAGCAUGUAUCAGUUUUUACUGUUACUGUAAAACGUCAAAUUUUGUCGCAUGCUGCAAUACACCUGGAGACGACACGUUUAUAAAUGAACUAACUUAUAACUUAUAAAACGAUUCUUAAACUGCAGCUAUCAAUAAACUUUUCUUUGCAUGUUUUAUUUUGACUGUACGUUGUCUGUAUCACCACGGGGUGCAAUAAAAAGAUUAAUUUAUUUUAACGUCACUUUUGAUGUCGUUAAAUGUUCAUUUCUUGAGUCGUCUCAACUUAAUUGUUUUAGUUUUCAAAUGAGCACAAAAAAUUAAAAUGUUUGGAUUGUUCGAUCUGAAUGUUCCAGAGUAAAAUCUAAACACGAGACAUUCCACUUAUAUAAAAACUUAAAUUCCCUUAUAAUUAGGUUUUUAUGUAAGAGUUUUUCUAAAGAUAAAAAAUAUAUACAUUUUGAGAAAUUCCUCAAUAUCCGAAAAAAUUACAUAAAACUAUUGAACUCACUGUUUCUGACAUUUUGAAAAAAUAUGUAAAUAACACGGUCUAAUUUAAAGAAGAUAUUUUAAGAAAUACCCAAACAAGCUUUUUUCCUUUUUUUUAGCUGAAAUUAUAACAAAUAUGUAAAAUGUGACGUUAACCAAACAAUUUAAUUCCAAACCUCCUUAAUUUUGCGUAAACUUAAAUAAUAGUUUACUUACAAAACCCAUCAUUUAAUGAAUAUUUUUAAGUUGCUGACAAAAUCAGUUGGUUAGCAAUGUCAAAGCUAACUACUAAAGUGCUAUUUUCUUUUGUAGCUAACCCAAAUCAAAAUUUGUUUACUUAAAAAAACAAACACAUUUAAUCUAUGUUUUUCAGUUUGAACAAAACCACUUUAAUUUAGCUUAGUGUGAGCGAUGUAUUAAAUGUUAUUUUAGCUGAAAUCUUUCCUUCGCCUGAACAAACAAGCUAACUGCUAAAAACAUCUCUGACAUUUGAGGAAGUUUUACUUUUCUUUUAAAUAAAAACUCCUUUUUUAACUCAUGUUACGCUCGAAUGUGAAACGUGUGCAAUACAUCUUGAUUUUAAAAGCCAUAAUUAUUUAGUUCAUUGUCCUCAAGGUCAUGUGAUCGUCUCUUCCUGCCUCUAUGACGCGUCCGUCACAAAAAAAAAUGUUUUGUUGUGAAAUAAAGUUGUGUUUUUUUCUCCGCAUGUUUCCUAACUGGCAACUUUGAUCUUUACUUUAUUGUUUAGUUUAAUCUGAUCUUUGCUUUUAUUGAAUUCUCAUUUAUUAUUGAUGUGAAGAUAAUCUGAAGUUUCUCCAACCAAAUAAAUGAAUCGACUUCA